CAAUCUGGAUGUUGCGAAACUUUUGGGAACUUAAGGAAUUUCCUUUGCAAGAAGCAGCUGCACAAGAUUAAAAACUCUUGGAAAAAAGCACUGAGGGUUUUGCUCAUAGAAUGGAGACUAUGAGGAUUGUGCGAUUGGGAGUUAUUAUUUUCCUUUGUCAGGAGCUUUCUUGUGGAUUUGCGGAUGAAUCGUCAUGUUUACCUGGCUUUGAGUCAGAGUUGUUGGUUUUUAAAGUCCACAGAGAUCAUCUUCACAGAGGGAAACGACUAGGAAGAAUAACGUUCAAUACCUGUGAUGGAAGAACCAGAACACUCUUUCAGUCUGUUGACAAGCGGUUUGAUGUGAACAUGGAUGGUGUUUUAUCACUAAAGAGACCAGUUACUCUUCAUGAAGGCCACAAGGUGUUUUCUGUGCACGCUUGGGACUCCAGUGGCAAGAAACAUACAGCUUUUGUCAGAGUUGAGCGUGCACAUAAUCAUGAAGAGCAUCAUAUGGACACGGAGGUGAACACCACUCCACAGAUGGAAUCUCUCUCCGAUUUUCCGGUCCUGACGUUUCCAAAGUCAUCAUCUGGUCUAAAGAGGAGAAAGAGAGGUUGGGUUAUUCCUCCAUUUAAUGAACCUGAGAACAGUAAAGGUCCUUUCCCAAAAAAGCUGGCCCAGAUAAAGUCAGAUUAUGCAAAGGAAACUCGGAUGGUGUACAGUAUCACAGGUGAAGGUGUCGAUCUGGACCCUAAAGGGCUUUUCACCAUAGAAAAACUUACAGGGAAUCUCUUUGUGACUCAGAAACUGGACAGAGAGAAAAAAGCUUCAUACCGUCUCAUAGUUCAUGCUGUUGCAGCUGAAGUGGAUAUCAAAGAGACUCCCAUGGAAGUCAUUGUCCAUGUGAUUGACCAAAAUGAUAACAACCCUGUGUUUACUCAAAAUCCUUUCAGCGGACAUGUUCCUGAAGCUGCUAAGAAAGAUUUUGAGUUUAUGAAGGUCACUGCCACUGAUGCCGAUGAGCCCGAUAAUGACAACUCUGAUGUCAGAUACAGCAUUAUCAGCCAGGAUCCACCAUCACCAAAACUCAAGAUGUUUGAUAUCAACACUGUAACUGGAGGGAUCCGUGUGAUCGAAACAGGCCUGGAUAGAGAGAAAUAUUCCAGAUAUACUUUGGUCAUUCGAGCUGCUGACAUGGCUGGUGAAGGUCGUUCAACCACUGGCACAGCUGUUAUUACAGUGACUGACAGCAAUAAUAAAGCACCUCAGUUCGAGUACAGCUCGGGCAGAAAGGGAGGUUGUAUUAUUCCUCCAUUUAAUGAACCUGAGAACAGUAAAGGUCCUUUCCCAAAAAAGCUGGUCCAGAUAAAGUCAGAUUAUGCAAAGGAAACUCGGAUGGUGUACAGUAUCACAGGUGAAGGGGCCGAUCUGGAGCCUAAAGGGCUUUUCACCAUUGAAAAAUUUUCAGGGAAUCUCUUUGUGACUCAGAAACUGGACCGAGAGAAAAAAGCUUCAUACCGUCUCGUAGUUCAUGCUGUUGCAGCUGAAGUGAAUAUCAGAGAGACUCCCAUGGAAGUCAUUGUCAGUGUGAUUGACCAAAAUGACAACAACCCUGUAUUUACUCAAAAUCCUUUCAGCGGACAUGUUCCUGAAGCUGCUAAGAAAGAUUUUGAGUUUAUGAAGGUCACUGCCACUGAUGCCGAUGAGCCCGAUAAUGACAACUCUGAUGUCAGAUACAGCAUUAUCAGCCAGGAUCCACCAUUACCAAAACUCAAGAUGUUUGAUAUCAACACUGUAACUGGAGGGAUCCGUGUGAUCGAAACAGGCCUGGAUAGAGAGAAAUAUUCCAGAUAUACUUUGGUCAUUCGAGCUGCUGACAUGGCUGGUGAAGGUCGUUCAACCACUGGCACAGCUGUUAUUACAGUGACUGACAGCAAUAAUAAAGCACCUCAGUUCGAGUACAGCUCGGGCAGAAAGGGAGGUUGUAUUAUUCCUCCAUUUAAUGAACCUGAGAACAGUAAAGGUCCUUUCCCAAAAAAGCUGGUCCAGAUAAAUUCAGAUUUUGCAAAGGAAACUCGGAUGGUGUACAGUAUCACAGGUGAAGGGGCCGAUCUGGAGCCUAAAGGGCUUUUCACCAUUGAAAAACUUACAGCGAAUCUCUUUGUGACUCAGAAACUGGACAGAGAGAAAAAAGCUUCUUACCGUCUCAUAGUUCAUGCUGUUGCAGCUGAUGAUGCGAGACUCAAAGAGGCUCCCAUGGAAGUCAUUGUCAAUGUGAUUGACCAAAAUGAUAACAGCCCUGUGUUUACUCAAAAUCCUUUCAGCGGACAUGUUCCUGAAGCUGCUAAGAAAGAUUUUGAAUUUAUGAAGGUCACUGCCACUGAUGCCGAUGAGCCCGAUAAUGACAACUCUGAUGUCAGAUACAGCAUUAUCAGCCAGGAUCCACCAUUACCAAAACUCAAGAUGUUUGAUAUCAACACUGUAACUGGAGGGAUCCGUGUGAUCGAAACAGGCCUGGAUAGAGAGAAAUAUUCCAGAUAUACUUUGGUCAUUCGAGCUGCUGACAUGGCUGGUGAAGGUCGUUCAACCACUGGCACAGCUGUUAUUACAGUGACUGACAGCAAUAAUAAAGCACCUCAGUUCGAGUACAGCUCGUCAUCAUUUGGUCUAAAGAGGAGAAACGGAGGUUGGAUUAUUCCUCCAUUUAAUGAACCUGAGAACAGUAAAGGUCCUUUCCCAAAAAAGCUGGUCCAGAUAAAGUCAGAUUAUGCAAAGGAAACUCGGAUGGUGUACAGUAUCACAGGUGAAGGUGUCGAUCUGGAGCCUAAAGGGCUUUUCACCAUUGACAAAUUUUCAGGGAAUCUCUUUGUGACUCAGAAACUGGACCGAGAACAUAAAGCUUCUUACCGUCUCGUAGUUCAUGCUGUUGCAGCUGAUGAUGCGAGACUCAGAGAGGCUCCCAUGGAAGUCAUUGUCAAUGUGAUUGACCAAAAUGAUAACAGCCCUGUGUUUACUCAAAAUCCUUUCAGCGGACAUGUUCCUGAAGCUGCUAAGAAAGAUUUUGAGUUUAUGAAGGUCACUGCCACUGAUGCCGAUGAGCCCGAUAAUGACAACUCUGAUGUCAGAUACACAAUUCUCAGCCAGGAUCCACCAUUACCAAAACCCAAGAUGUUUGAUAUCAACACUGUAACUGGAGGGAUCCGUGUGAUCGAAACAGGCCUGGAUAGAGAGAAAUAUUCCAGAUAUACUUUGGUCAUUCGAGCUGCUGACAUGGCUGGUGAAGGUCGUUCAACCACUGGCACAGCUGUUAUUACAGUGACUGACAGCAAUAAUAAAGCACCUCAGUUCGAGUACAGCUCGUCAUCAUCUGGUCUAAAGAGGAGAAAGAGAGGUUGGAUUAUUCCUCCAUUUAAUGAACCUGAGAACAGUAAAGGUCCUUUCCCAAAAAAGCUGGCCCAGAUAAAGUCCGAUUUUGCAAAGGAAACUCGGAUGGUGUACAGUAUCACAGGUGAAGGUGUCGAUCUGGAGCCUAAAGGGCUUUUCACCAUUGAAAAACUUACAGGGAAUCUCUUUGUGACUCAGUCACUGGACCGAGAGAAAAAAGAUUCAUACAUUCUCAUAGCUCAUUCUGUUGCAGCUGAAGUGGAUAUCAAAGAGGUUCCCAUGGAAGUCAUUGUCCAUGUGAUUGACCAAAAUGAUAACAACCCUGUGUUUACUCAAAAUCCUUUCAGCGGACAUGUUCCUGAAGCUGCUCCCAAAGAUUAUGAGUUUAUGAAGGUCACUGCCACUGAUGCCGAUGAGCCCGAUAAUGACAACUCUGAUGUCAGAUACAGCAUUAUCAGCCAGGAUCCACCAUCACCAAAACCCAAGAUGUUUGAUAUCAACACUGUAACUGGAGGGAUCCGUGUGAUCGAAACAGGCCUGGAUAGAGAGAAAUAUUCCAGAUAUACUUUGGUCAUUCGAGCUGCUGACAUGGCUGGUGAAGGUCGUUCAACCACUGGCACAGCUGUUAUUACAGUGACUGACAGCAAUGAUAACGCACCUCAGUUCGAGUACACCACGUACACGGCAUCUGUCCCAGAGAAUAAAGUGGGUGCUGUAGUGGCCAAGAUGUCAGUGACUGAUGAUGAUGAACCUGGAUCAGCUGCCUGGUCUACCAAGUAUCGGAUUGUUGACGGUGACAAAAAUGGUUUUUUCAAUGUCAGUACUGGACCCAGCCAGCUAGAGGGCAUCAUCACCACUGCAAAGCCACUGGACUUUGAGAAGACCAAACAAUACAUUCUGUCAGUGAUUGUUGAGAACGAUGAGCCAUUUGUUGGCUCUUUGCCCACUUCCACUGCCACAGUCACCGUGAAUGUAGAAGAUGUGAACGAGCCUCCAGUGUUUAUUCCAAAUGAGAAAGUCAUUUUCAAACCUGAAGAUCUUCCAGUUGACAGUGAAUUGGUUACAUAUACAGCCACUGAUCCAGACACUGGAAAAUCACAGAAAAUAACGUAUAAAAUUGCCAAUGAUCCCGCAGGAUGGCUUAAUGUAAAUCAAGAGACUGGGGUGAUCAAAGUCAGGAGCCCUAUGGACAGAGAGUCUAACUUUGUCAAAGAUGACAAAUACAGAGCUAUCAUUUUGGCUAUAGAUAAUGAUGAAUUUCCAGCAACUGGCACAGCAACGCUGAUCAUUACAUUGGAGGAUGUAAAUGACAAUGCUCCUUCUAUUAAUGAAGGGUCCAUCAAAACUUGCAAUCGUGACCCGGUACCUGUGCUUCUCUCGAUCACCGACAAAGAUGCAUAUCCAAAUUCUGCUCCUUUUAGCGUUGAAACCCAAGGAGACACAAGUAAAAAUUGGACUGCCGUGAUGAAUGGCACUGCAACAGGCAUUGAGCUAAGACUCAGUACUCCGUUGGAACCGGGUCAAUACAAUGUGACCCUGAGGGUUUAUGAUCAACAGAGGCUGUACCAGGACCACUUCGUUCAAGCAUCUGUGUGUGACUGCACAGGACAAGACAUCCACUGCAGUGACGUGGUGAAAAAUGCAUUGGUGCCACUGUCUGGAGUUCUUGGAAUCCUGGCAGCCAUCUUGGUUCUGCUGUUGCUGCUUGUUCUACUUCUCAUGUUCCUGAGGUGGAAAAGGGGUAGUAAGGAAGAGCCACUCAUCCCUGAAGAUGAUUUAAGAGACAACAUCUACUAUUAUGAUGAGGAAGGCGGUGGAGAAGAUGAUCGGGAUUAUGAUUUGAGUGUGCUGCAUCGAGGCCUUGAUAACAAACCCAAUGUGUUCAGAAACGAUGAGGCUCCCACCUUCUUGCCCGCACCUCAAUAUAGGCCUCGACCUGCCAACCCUGAGGAGAUUGGCACGUUCAUUGAUGACAAUCUAAACGCCGCAGAUAACGACCCCACUGCACCCCCCUAUGACUCACUGCUGGUGUUUGACUAUGAAGGAGGAGGCUCGGAGGCCAGUUCUCUCAGCUCCCUCCACUCUUCUAGCUCCGGAGCGGACCAAGACUACGACUUCCUCAAUGAUUGGGGCCCACGCUUCAAGAAGCUAGCAGAUAUGUACGGAGGAGAGGAUUAAGACAUCUUCAUGAGAUUUGGUUUUAUUUACUCUGCUUGUUUUUCUCCCGGUGCAAAAGGGCACAUGGAUGAUUUAAAUAUGGGACAAUUUUUAUACAAGUUGCACUUCAUGGUCUGGUUUACAUGUUGUUUAAAGUUGGAACUGGAUUAGUAGCACUUUUCGCCCAUCUCCAACUUCAAGGAAAGGCUUGUAGACCUCCAUGAGUGUUUCCUUUUCCUUUGAGCAAUCUUGGCAGGAGCUUGGCUGAUUUAUUUUUUUUCCCUCUUGAAAGAGAUUUUACUUUAAGAAUGCUCUAGUAUGGGAAAGGCGCUGUACAACGGCUCAAGGUGCUUGUCUUAAACUUUAAGCUGUUUACCCAAUGUUGGUUUUGUAAAAUGAACUAACUUUUUGUUACCUUUCACCACUUUGGCAUUGGAGGAUAAUGCAAAGCAUGAAUGAUACUGUAAUUUUUGUUUUUUUUGGAGAUAAGCACUGAUGUGAGCAGUUGUCAACAACUUAUUUUUCUCUUUAUGAUAUUUGCAGGCAUCUGUUUUUGUACUUUUUCUGAAUUGCAAGAAUGUUAAUGACUAUGUAUGUUUUUCAUUCUUUAUAUACAAGUUAAAUUCUUGUUUAGGCAUUAAGUUUGACACAGUUCAUAUUUUAUUAAACAAUUUACUUAUCUUUU